AUGGCUUCCAUGACACCAUGCAAGAACUGGAUGCGGGCAGGAAGGUUAACUGUUGAAUACAUGGAAGGUGUUGUAACAUUUCUAAAGUACGUGAAACAAAAUUCAAAUGGGGAAGACUGGCACAGCUGUCCUUGUGCCAAGUGUUGUAAUAUACGUGGGAAGAUGACAUUAGAAACCAUUUCCGAACACUUGGUUUUUAAUGGCAUAGAUCAAACGUACACGACAUGGUUUCUCCAUGGGGAACAACGUCUUGAAACAAGUGCGAGUACAUUUGUCGAUAAUCGUAAUGAAGAUGUGUUGCCCAGAAUGGUCGAUUUGGUGAAUGAUGCUUUCGGUCAUUUUCAACCCAUUGAGUUAGAUGCAUGCAUGGAUGAGGUUAAUAAUGGAGAUGAUAUUGAAGCUCAUGAUGAAUUAGGCGAUGAGGCUCGGUAUAGGAAGUUAAUGGAGGAUGCAAAACAACCCCUAUAUCCAUCGUGUAAACCAGAGCAUACAAAGUUGUCUGUGACAGUGGAGUUGCUGAGUAUGAAGGCUAGGUUUCGUUGGUCAGACAAUAGCUUUACAGAGUUAUUAAACUUGCUCAAGAAAAUUUUGCCCAACGAGAACUCUUUGCCAAAUAGUACUUAUAAUGCAAUGAGCCUGAUCAGUUCAUUGGGUAUGAACUAUGAGACAAUACAUGCAUGCCCUAACGAUUGUAUUUUGUACUGGAAGGACCAUGUUGAUAAGCAGUGUUGUCCAAAAUGUGGAGCAAGUAGAUGGAAAUUUAAUAGUGUUGUAAGGUCAACCGCCCCACAUGUACCUUGUAAGGUGCUAAGGUACUUCCCAUUAACACCGAGGUUAAAAAGACUUUACACUAUACCAGAGAUUGCAGAGAAUAUGAUAUGGCAUUCAAAGUCGGCUCAAGAUGAUAUUUACAUGCGUCAUCCAGUGGAUUCGUCUAUGUGGAAGAUUGUUGAUGAAAAGUAUGCUGAUUUUGCUGCGGAGCCACGUAACGUUCGUUUAGGACUUGCAACGGAUGGAUUCAAUCCUUUUGGGAAUAUGAGCAAUUCAUAUAGUUGCUGGCCUGUUAUGAUUGUUACGUAUAAUCUCCCGCCUCAUUUAUGCAUGCGGAAGGAGUUUACCAUGUUAACACUUUUGAUCCCUGGAAAAAAAGGUCCAGGACAUGACAUUGACGUUUACUUGCAACCGUUGAUUGCAGAGUUGCUUGAAUUAUGGAAAUGA